AUGGCAACGACAAACUUUACUGAAUAUGAAAACCACAAAACAGCCUUUGAACUGUCCUGUACAUUGGAGUUUACCGAAGGAGUGCACAACGAACUUACCUUUCUCUUAGUUCUAAAUAUUUUUCUUUCCAUUACUGCAUUUCUGGGGAAUACUCUGAUUCUAGUUGCCCUACAAAAGGAAAAUUCACUUCAUCCGCCGUCCAAACUCCUGUAUUGUAACCUAGCGAUAACUGAUCUCUGUGUUGGUAUCAUUGCAGAGCCUUUAGCUGUGACUUAUUGGACUGCUAUUGUGAAAGAAAGAUGGAAUAUUUGUCAUCGGGCAAAUUGGGCAGCAAAAUUCGCAGGUUAUACUUUGUGUUCAGCAUCUUUAUUUACAUUGACUGUAAUAAGCGUGGACAGACUUCUCGCCUUGUUGCUGGGGCUCAAAUACAGACAAGUUGUAACCUUGAAACGAACACAUAUAACUGUAAUUGGUUUUUGGAUUUUGUCCAUUGUCGGCUCAUCUACUUUCUUUUGGAAUCGCCUUGUAACUUCAUGGUAUCAAUACAUAGGUACAGCUAUGUGUCUAGUCACCACAAUCUUCGCUUACACAAACAUUUUCCGUGUUCUGCGUCAUAAUCAAUUUCAUGUUCAGAACCAUGUUGCUCAAGGUCAACGGAGACAAGCAAUUCCACUGAACGAAGCACGAUACAGAAAGGCAGUGUACAGUGCACUGUGGGUGCAAGUAACAAUGGUUGUUUGUUAUCUUCCGAUUAGUAUAGUAGCAACUUUGACUCCUCAGAAGGGGAUCUCUUUAUCCGUUUACCGCGCUUGGCAAUUUUCGGUUACUUUAGUGUAUUUAAAUUCUUCGUUAAACCCGUUGCUUUACGUUUGGAAGAUUAGAGAAGUAAGGCAAGCUGUAAAAGAAACAUUACGGCAACUAUACUGUUGA